UGAUUUAGCUCGUCGCACUUGUGGUACAUACGUUACAUAGAGACAGAGCUUGUUAAAGGUCGACACAGAACAGGACAUCCGAUUUUUAAGUUUCCGUGACUUGACUUCAAGAAAUUCACCAUGAAGUUGGCUGUGGUGUGCUUGAUGGCGAUAAUUGGAUUUACUGUUGCAAAAGAGGACUUGUUAAAUGAACUUGACAAGGAGCUUCUUUUCGACAUUCUUCAGGAAAACAAACUGGACGAAAGAAAUGAUCCUAAUUUCUGUGCUGGAAAAGCCAACGGAGACUACGCCGAUCCUGCAGACUGCGCCAAAUACAUCACAUGCUCCAAUGGUAUAGCUAUUGCUGACAGGAAUUGUCCGGRCGGAUUGUAUUUCAAUCCCAAAAACAGCGCCUGUGACUACCCCAACAACGUUGACUGUAAAUCAAAAGGCAGUGGCGAUUGCAGCGGGAAGCCCAAUGGGGAUUAUGCUGAUCCGAAUAACUGCUAUGGCUUUAUUAAGUGCUCUAAUGGCAUUUCCUAUUCAAUGAAUUGUCCUUCAGGCCUCAAGUUUAACAAAAGUACAAAAAAGUGCGAUUAUCCUAGUAACGUUGUUUGCUCAGCCAACGAUGACGUGGAAUACGAUACGACUGCCACUGCUGGAAAUGAUGCAGUCCCUUCAAAAGAUCCUUUCUGCAAAAACAAACAAGAUGGCAACUAUGUAAACCCUUACGAGUGCGACGGAUUCAUAAUGUGCUCGAACCAUUUAACUUACUUCUUUGAUUGUCCUUCCAUUCUACAAUACAACCCUAAAACAGAUAGAUGUGACUGGCCAAGAAAUGUCAACUGCGGUCCCACUCCUUCGCCAACAGCUACCAGACCUACAAGACCACCAGUUACUCCCUCGCCCUCCACAUUUUGCAAACGAAGACCCAAUGGAAACUACGUUGACCCACAAAACUGCGAGGGAUUCAUAAUGUGUUCGAACCAUUUGACCUACUUCUUUGACUGUCCAGCUAACCUGAGAUACAAUGCCAAGACUGACCGAUGUGAUUGGCCACGUAAUGUUAAGUGUGGUCCCACUCCUCCGCCAAAACCUACCACUAGACCUACAAGACCACCAGUUACUCCAUCGCCCUCCACAUUUUGCAAACGAAGACCCAAUGGAAACUAUGUUGACCCACAAAACUGCGAGGGAUUCAUAAUGUGUUCGAACCAUCUGACCUACUUCUUCGACUGUCCAGCCAACCUGAGAUACAAUGCCAGGACUGACCGAUGUGAUUGGCCACGUAAUGUUAAAUGUUCUACAACGUUAUUGAGUGAUGUCCUUGAGACAUACGGCAGGAAUAAGAACCCAUUUUGCAUCCUCCAUGGGGAUGGUAACUACAGAGAUAUAACCAACUGUGAGGGAUACUUUACGUGCUAUAAAGGAUACCAAAUCUUUCGUGAAUGUCCAGGAACCCUUAGGUUCAACCCUAUAACCAGAAAAUGUGAUUUACCGAGGAAUGUCAAAUGUGGAGGAGCUGGAGGAGGAAAACUAUUUUUGCUCUCUUGUGAACUAGAGUCCAAUGUUUUGUUCUCCAGCUCUCAUGUACUGCAUGGGAUCUAUAUCCAUAUUAUCUUUUAUGUCAAAUUUAUAGCCAACGAUGACGUGGAAUACGAUACGACUGCCACUGCUGGAAAUGAUGCAGUCCCUUCAAAAGAUCCUUUCUGCAAAAACAAACAAGAUGGCAACUAUGUAAACCCUUACGAGUGCGACGGAUUCAUAAUGUGCUCGAACCAUUUAACUUACUUCUUUGAUUGUCCUUCCAUUCUACAAUACAACCCUAAAACAGAUAGAUGUGACUGGCCAAGAAAUGUCAACUGCGGUCCCACUCCUUCGCCAACAGCUACCAGACCUACAAGACCACCAGUUACUCCCUCGCCCUCCACAUUUUGCAAACGAAGACCCAAUGGAAACUACGUUGACCCACAAAACUGCGAGGGAUUCAUAAUGUGCUCGAACCAUCUGACCUACUUCUUCGACUGUCCAGCUAACCUACGAUACAAUGCCAAGACUGACCGAUGUGAUUGGCCACGUAAUGUAAAGUGUGGUCCCACUCCUCCGCCAAAACCUACCACUAGACCUACAAGACCACCAGUUACUCCAUCGCCCUCCACAUUUUGCAAACGAAGACCCAAUGGAAACUAUGUUGACCCACAAAACUGCGAGGGAUUCAUAAUGUGUUCGAACCAUCUGACCUACUUCUUCGACUGUCCAGCCAACCUGAGAUACAAUGCCAGGACUGACCGAUGUGAUUGGCCACGUAAUGUUAAAUGUUCUACAACGUUAUUGAGUGAUGUCCUUGAGACAUACGGCAGGAAUAAGAACCCAUUUUGCAUCCUCCAUGGGGAUGGUAACUACAGAGAUAUAACCAACUGUGAGGGAUACUUUACGUGCUAUAAAGGAUACCAAAUCUUUCGUGAAUGUCCAGGAACCCUUAGGUUCAACCCUAUAACCAGAAAAUGUGAUUUACCGAGGAAUGUCAAAUGUGGAGGAGCUGGAGGAGGAAAACGUGGAAGGAAAUUCUGCCAAAAUAAGAAAAAUGGAGACUAUCGUGAUGUUCUAAACUGCAAUGGUUUUAUUAAGUGUUCUAAUUCGUACACCUACUUCUUUGAUUGCCCUUCAAUUCUGAGGUUUAAUGUACGAACUGACCGGUGUGAUUGGCCAAGGAAUGUCAGAUGUCCUUACUAGAUUAAGGGACACCACGGGGAUUCUGUGCUACUGGAAUUGCUAUAUCUAACAAUGACAAAUUCAUGAAAAUACAUAUAUAUCUCAAUUCUGAGAGAAAAAAAGAAUCUCGACUAAAAUCAAUAAUUUACCUUAAUGUAACAAGAUAAUGGCAACAAGAAGCGAUUUUUUUUACAUUAUACAAGUCUUUACUUUAUUUCUAGCUACAUGGGGGUUAUACGUUACUGAAGUGUUAAACAAUUUUUGUUAACAAAUUAAACAAAACGAAACAACUCAA